CCAAGAUUACUUCAGCUUUUCAAGCAAGAGCACAGAAAUGGAAAAAUUCACUCAUCUGGAAGCUCUGCUGUUUGCUGCUGUGCUGGAGAAUUGUGUUGAUCAGCUCUCAAUUCUUGGAUAUAUCAUGCCAGUUCCAUAUGAGGGCAAGACAGACGUCAGCCAUACUGGCAGCCAGGAAAUUAAAGAAAUGAUAGAGACCGAGAAAGAGCUGGACAUUAACUACCAAGAGCUUAUGUCAGCAAGGCAAGGGAGUGAGGGAACAGUUACCUCCACGUCUCUGAAAAGUGUCGAACACAAGCAGCUGCUGGGCAAAACUGAAGAUCUAAAAAGUACCCAUCGUCUUUCCAAUAGGGCCAUGAAACACAGUGCUCUGUCUGUAGAGAAUCUCAGAAAAAUUCAAGUUGACAGGCAGUAUGCAAAUGAUGUAAUUACAGUCACUAUGAAAAAGAUGCAGGAAUCAAGAACAUUUAAUAGCCUAACAGAGGCUAAUGAGAGAGAGAAGGAAAAAAAGAGCAAGUUUCAUAACAUCCUCAUAAGGGAGGAGGAAGGAAAGAAAGAGAUAAAGUCACUUGAGGAACAGCUGCGAGACGUCAAGAAACAAACUGAAAUAGAACUUCAGAACCGAGACAGUAUGAUUGCCUACCUCGAAGAUCAGCUCCAAGAGAUGAAGGCCAAAAUGAACAUGGAGAGCUGCUACAUGAAGAAAAGCACAGACCUCCAGGUCCACCAAACUCAGAAGAAGUGCAGCAAUGCAGAGCAUGUCCUGGACGAGGAAACUCAGAAGCUGAGGAGCAAAACCGACAAGGAGAUUCGAGUCCACACGGAGAUUGAAAAUUUCCUCAGGCAGCACCUUAAGAAGGUGGAAGAGAAGCUGGAACACUGGGUGGACAAGUACGAAAACGACACAGACGCUAAAGAAGAAGAACUGGAUGCCCUAAAAGCAUUAAAGGCAAACAACUUGGAAAUGCUGCAGCGACUUGCCACGGAGUGCCAGAUGUUCGAGGAAACCAUCAUCAGAGACCGGGCAGAAAAGGAGGCUAAAAAACGACAACUGGAGCAGGAUGCCCUGGAGCUGAAGAGCACCCUGAAGCUGCAGGCCUGGUGGAGAGGUACAAUGGUCCGCAGAAACCUUGGCCCCUACCAAGCCCUCAAGAAGAUGUGGGACAAACAGCUAUCAAAGCAGGAAGAAAGCGGGAAGAAGGAAAAAUACGGAGCAAAGAAAAAGACACGAUAAGUAGAGAAAGCUGGCUCCAGGGCUGUUGCUGGGCAGGGCACUGUGGUGUGUCUGUCUGACGGGACAAAAUAAACCACGUAAGAGAGCUCGGGC